AUGAGCAAAAGCGGAGACGACGAACCGCCUCACGAGCUCGAGAGCCAGUUCAUCCUGCGUCUGCCCCCAGAACAGGCUUCGGCGGUCAGGAAGAUGAUCCGUUCUGGCAGUGCUGCCAUGCGAGAGAAACUAAAAAUCGACUUGUCUCCCGAUUCGCGGCGUGCCGUCGUUCAGGUAGACGGCGUGUCACUGUCUGCCAAACUGGUCGAUUUGCCUUGUGUUAUUGGAAGCCUGAAAACGCACGAUGGCAAAACCUUUUAUAAAACAGCCGAUGUGUCCCAGAUGCUGUUGUGCAGCGCCGAUGGUGAUCCCCACGCGUCCCCAGAAGAGCCAGCUACUUCUGCUGGCACUGCUGCAGUGGCAAACAAAAAGGAAGAAGAGGGAAAAUAUAUCUGGAACCAUGGCAUUACUCCACCGCUUAAGAAUGUCAGAAAGAAACGGUUUCGCAAACCAACGAAAAAGCCCUCUGUUAUGAAGCUAAACGAAGAAAGCUGUGGUGGUUCCAUUGAUUCCAAAGAUGUGGAAAAGGAAGUGAAGAGGCUGCUGCGCUCAGAUGCUGAAGCCAUCAGCAGCCGAUGGGAAAUCAUUGUUGAUGAGGGAACCAAGGCAGGACCAAGUCAGACCUGCACUUCACACGGUCCGUUGCCCUUCGAAGCAGGUGAUCAUACCUCAUCAGCAUGUGCUAUGCCUCAGAGCACAUUCAGUGAUUCCAGCAGUGGCAAAGAUGAUCCAGAGAAUAAAGAUGAGGAUGAGGAGGAUGAAGAGGAAGAAGAGGAAGAUGAUUCUGAAGAAGACCUGGAAAGAGAGCUACAAGCCAAGUUUAUUGAGUUUAGCUUGUGUGAAGCUAAUGAAAGUAGCAGUUCAGUAAUUCUGGGAAUUCAGAAGCUGAUUCAUUCCAAGGAGAAAAAGCUCCAAGAGAUUCAGGGCAAAGCACAGAGACAGAAAGAUCUCCUCAGAAAAUUGGAAAACCUGACCCUCAAGAGUCAUUUCCAGUCUGUGUUGGAACAGCUCAAGUUACAGGAGAAGCAGAAGUAUGAACAGAUCCGUUUCCUACAGCAACAACUGAAGUGUUUUUUGAAGAAGUAA